GAAAGAUGUGAAGGAAACGGACGAAUCAUGGAUUGCAAAAGGAACGUCCUAGCUUAUUUGGCUUUGUUUUUUCACGUAGUCAGUAAUUAUUGUUUAAUACAUGUGCAAUGUGUGGACGCGCCGUUUAUACAUAUUCCGGGAAACGGGGUAAUAUCCGGAACAUAUCUGAAAAUGUUCCGAACCCAAAAUAUUAAGGCCUAUCUUGGCAUUCGGUACGCACAUGCCAGGAGAUUUCAACCGCCGGAUAUCGAACUAACACCGUGGAAGGGAAUUUUCAAUGCAACUGUUUUCCAACCGAACUGUUGGCAAAAUUCCAUGCCUUCAGUGGGUAAAGAAAGUGAACAGAUCCUGAAAAUUAUAUCCUCCGAUUCGAAUUCCGAGGACGGUGGCAGAAAAUUCGAGGAAAACUGCUUGUAUCUGAACGUUUUUGUACCUGAUGGAUUGCCCGAAAUCAAUGGAUAUGCAGUUGUUGUGUGGAUCCACUCCGGCGAUUUUUCCACUGGCAGUCCAGAAGACGUAGAACCAUUUCAAUUGGUGUUUAAGCAGAAGGUGAUUGUGGUGACUUUUUCAUAUCGCCUGAAUAUCUUUGGAUUUUUCACAACCGACGACGGGGAGGCCCAGGGGAACUAUGGACUAAUGGAUCAGUCGGCAGCUCUUUAUUGGGUCAAAAAGAAUAUAAACUUCUUUGGAGGAGACUCUAACCGAAUCACCCUGAUGGGACACGACGCUGGUGCCGUAAGUGUGGCGCUCCACAUGACAUCGGGUGAGUGGUCGAAAGGUGGUUUCCACAAGGCAAUCAUAAUGUCGGGGAAUCCUUUGAGCCCCGUCAAAAUGCCGAAUGAGUAUGAGGGUUCUCUGGACCAAGUUUCAAGCACUUUCGGCUGUCCGCGUAGACCAACUUCGAUGUUUAUCCAGUGCCUUAAAAGGCUCGAUGCCAAGAGGCUCUCGGAGAAUUUGCCAUCUGUGACUUGGGGUCCUGUUGUGGACUUUGGAUUGAGUAACACCUCAUAUCCGUUUAUAGAGAAUCAGCCGGAGAUCCUGUUCAAGAAAGGCAGCUAUCACAGAGUUCCCGUCAUCAUCGGUGUAACCGACAUGGAGGAGGUGCUGACUUUGUUCAAGGAUAACCUUGAUACAGAAAUAAGCGCUUCAGAUCUGGAGGGGUUUUUCACUGAUAUCGCUGUGAACGACAUGCACAAACUUGUCCGUAACUACGAGUGGUGCUCCAAUUACGAGUUGAUAUCCGAUGCCAUUAACUUCAUGUAUGCAAAUGACUCCGAUACGGAUGUCAAAAAGGCCAACAAACAUAUUAUAAGUGCCCACACGGAAAAGUUCUACAUUACACCUAUGCAGACGUUUGCCGAUCUGAUAAGUAAUGACAGCGAGGUCUAUAGUUACCUGUUUAAGAUGAGACCCAGGUCGGUGCUCCAGGAUCUUCCCAAGUGGAUAAGUGUGCCUAAGUACUUCGACCAGGUUUUCGUCUGGGGCAAUCCCUAUAUGACCAACUCUGUUGACUGGAAGUCAACCGAUAAGAAAAUUGCUGACAUAAUUAUGACCUUGUGGGCGAACUUUGCCAAGACCUCGAACCCCACAAAGUCGAACGUUUAUGUGAAGUGGAACGCCAUGACCCCCAACAAUGACUCAGUGCUUCUAAUCGACGAGAGCUUCAACACGGACAACUUACUGAACAAUCAGCGGAUUAACUUUUGGAAAACGCUUUACCCGAAAAUCCUCGUCUUCUCCGCGGAUUGUUGCAAUUCCACAUUCUCGGGUAGUGCCUUAGUGAUCGCAACAUACGUUCCAAUAUUAUGUACUCUUGGCAUUAUCGUUAACAUAUUUUGAAUAAAGAGAUCCUGCAAAUAGAUACCGCUUUGACCCUCUG